UUUAUUUCAUUGUAGUUUGAAAAAUACGUUUAAAUAAGAAAUUAAUAGUAAUAUGAACAUGAUUAAUAAAGCUAACGAAAGUGGUAAGAUAGUAGAAAUAUUUUAUAGAUUUCUACCGUACGCAUUGUUAGUUGGUCACAUUGAUGAACGAUUUUCAAAAACUUGUUUUGGUUAUUAUAAUUUACAAAAAAUCUACGUAAUGUACAUGUUAUAGAGGGAUUAUACUGUUACGAUUGUUUGUUAUCAAGCAAUAAGCUGUAGUCUUAUGUAGUUUUGUGGAAAUUUCGCUCUGGCCCCUACAGAGGGACAAUAACUAUUCGAUAUGGAUGGUCCCGGAAUGAGUUUGUUUCAAGGCGCCGCGAGUAUCCACAUAAACAACAGUGCUCAAGAUAGACUUGAAGAACAGGAAGAACUCGAAGACCAGAAACGUAGAAAUGAGGAGCUGAAGCACAAAUUAGCAAAUGCGUUUGACGAUUUGUUGGAUGACGAUGAAGCUAGCUCUGUAAAUAGCAGUGGCAACUAUACAUUAGAUCCAGCUCAGAGCAAUGGAGUACAGCAACCAAGGACAGGUUUGCCCCCAACAUAUGUGGAGUCUCUCAACCACUUGAAGGAGAACCAACAUGGCUCGGAGUCCCCUAAGAUGUACUGUGAAACCCCUAAGAACCACAUGGGACACAUGAGAAUGCAGGAAGAAGCUUUGAAAGCACAGUUUAGCCCUUAUGGCGCUGGCGAUGGGCAGAAUCAUUAUUUCCAACAAGAAUUCAGAGGUCAUAUGAAUGGCAUCAACAAUGUUGAUAGACAAGAGUUUAAGAACAGUGAGCAACUCAAAGUAAUGUAUGAUCUCCGUGUGAAAGAAUGUCAGCAGCUGGCUGGUCAGAUGCAGGAGUUAGACACAGAAAUAGAUAGCUUAAGAGCUCGACUUGCAGCCGCUAUCAAUGACAGGGACAAAGUGGAACUGUCAUUGCAGGAGGCUCAUCACUUGCUUGCAUCUAGCAAGCACAAGCUGAUUGAGCUAGAGCAGCAAGUGAAAACUCUGACAGAGAAGCUCAUAGAGAGUGACCAGGAGAAGGAGCAGCUGAAAUUAGAACUACGCUCGGCUAAUAUCAGUCUGCAAGAUGUACAACAACGUUUACAUACUCUACAGGUUGCACACACACAUGACACUGAUGCCUUAUUUAGAGAACAACAAGACAGACACAGAGAAGAAAUGGAACGCCUACAAAAUGAUUUGACCAAAGCCAAAAGUAGACUAGAUGAAAAAGACAAUGAAGUAAAGACUUUAGAACGGAAAUGCAUGGAAAAGGAUAGAGAAAAAGAGGAUAUAUUGAUAGAAAAAGGUGGGACUAUAAACAGACUGGCCAGUGAGUUGGAGGCGGCACAAAGCAGGCUCGUUAACGGCGAGACUACCCGACUGAAGGAAAAGGUAUCGCAAUUGACGACAGAAAGGAAUGCAGCUAGGGAACAAGUGAAGGAAAUGGGGUCUAAGCUGGAAUUGACAGCCCAUGAACUAGUCCUAUACAGGAACAAAUUAGCCGGCACUCAGAAAGAAUAUGAGCACUGGAGAACUACACUGCAUCAAAUUCUCAUGGAGUCUCUACCGGAAAAUACAUAUAUUGGUGAACCACCCUCUCCAGGGAAAUUGUCAACACUCAAAGAAGUUUUGAGUCGAUAUAAAAUACAGAUGCAAAAACUAUCUACAUUACAGGAAGAAAUUAGUAAAAGGGACAAGAAAAUCGAACAACAUCGCAAACAAGAGCUAGAUCUUCGAGCUAAACUUGAAGAGCAGAAAGGUCUAGAAAUGCAGCUAAACUCCCGGAUGGCAGUCUUACAGAAUAAACUCGAGUUGUUAGGCAGUAACUCCGACAGUGAACUGCUGGACAGCUAUAAGCAGCAGAAUGAAAACCUGCAAGCCGAGAUUGAGGAAGUUAGGAGUGAAUUGAAGAGUUUGGACCUCAAACACACGCAACUAGAGCUAGAUUACGACAAACUGAAGUCCGAGAAAGGCAGCCGCGCGUCCAUAAUGCAGGAGGCCAACGCCGACCUGCUGCGAGAGCUCGAGCGGUACAGCGGACAGCUCAAGGACACGCUCAAGGAGAACGGGGAGUUGAAGACUUUGUAUUUGCAGGCAUGCAGCUCUCGAGACACAGUUUCAAGAGAACUAAAGGACAUGCAAUCCAAAAUACAAAAAGAAAAGGAACUUUACAAAUCUCAAGAGAAGGACUAUGUAGAAAGAAUGGAGAAACAAAAACAGCAGAUAGAGAAACUAACGUUAGAACUUAGCAAUACUAAAGAGGAGUUGGAAAGAGCUAAUAAGAGAAUAUCGGAGUUGCAGCGAGAGUUCACUGAUAAACAGAGGGAGUUCACUGAGAAACUCGAUAAGUACUUACAAGAUGAAAAGACUGCCAUGCGCAAAGAGAGGGAGCCGUGCCUACAAUGUGAGAAGCAUGUUAAACAUAUUAAGUACUUAGACGAUCAACUUAGCAAAUGUACUAUUAGAUUAGCUUCACAAGAAAGCAACGAGACCCUGAUGAAGGAGCUAAAAGGCAAGGCGGAGUUCUUCCAGCAGUACAUCAUAGACCGGUUCAACAAGCUGCAGGAACAGCGCAGCGUCGCCACCAACACCGAGGAGUUGCCUCCGACCUCCCCCGACCAGCACUCCAGCAUAGAGCAGCUGGUGCAGGACUGUGACGAUGCUGUGGCUGCCAAGACGGCUCUCAUGAUGAAAGAAAAAGCAAUUCGGGAUCAAAUCGCCGAAAAAUUCACUCUAGAAAUGAAAACAGUCGAAAUGAACUGCGCGAGACGCAUCAAGGAGAUUGAGAACGAACACAUAGAAACUGUCACUAAGAUCAAAGAACUUCUGGAAAGGAAAGCUAAAGAAGUUAAUGCUUUAAAAGAGUUUAUACUCGCCGAGAGAGCAAAAGUCACACAGAUACUCGAAUCUAAGGAGAAUGAAAUAUCAGAGUUAAUUAAAGAGCAUAAUGAGUUGCAAGUUGAAUGUCAGAAGGCAAAAGAUAGUAUUAUUGACUGGAAACAGAAGGCCGAAAGGUAUAAAGAAAGGGCUUCUCGUCUUGGGUCUUUGGAAGACGUUUUGAAGCACGAAAGGGAGGAUUGGAAGCAGAGAAGUAGUUCUUCGACUAAAGAAUGUAUGGCUAUGAAAGCGAAGGCGUCAGAGUUACAAGCGAAACUAGCUCAAUUAGAACAGAAGUAUGAGAAGUUGCAAGCUGAACAGAAGAUCAUUCAAGACAAGUAUAAGAAUGCUAAGAAAACUAUUUUUACUUAUAAGGAUUACGUAACGAAAAAAGACGCUCACGUGAACAACGAAAUGAACCGAAUACAGGACGAGUACCGCAAGAUAUUCCUGAAGCUGCAGAACCAGCUGAACUACCACAUCAACUGCCGCCUGCAGGAGGAGAGGAAGGGCAAACAAGCGCAGGCGCAUGGCUCGCAACAAACUGACUACACAGACAGAAUAAACAAGCUGAACGAUGAUUUCACGCGGCUCACGCAGUCGAACUUCAUGGACGGACCCGACUUCAAGUGACAUCCAGUCAAACGCACAUUACAAGUGGUCGUCACUAAACGCCAGUGUUUAGUCUUCAAGUAGAACAUUUGCCCCAGUUUGUACUUAAAGUAGUAUUUAUGUAAACAAAAGUAUUAUUGUUAACGAGUAAUGGAUGUUCUCAAUAUUCUGUCUAGCUGUUAUUUUGCUUACUAGUGAAAGGAAUUAAGGCUGUCAUUGAAUAUCCUUGGCAGUCGUUACGGGUAGUCAGAAGCCAGUAAGUCUGACGCCAGUCUAACCAAGAGGUAUCGGGUUGCCCGGGUAACUGGGUUGAGGAGGUCAAAUAGGCAGUCGCUUCUUGUAAAGCACUGGUACUCAGCUGAAUCCGGUCAGACUGGAAACCAACCCCAACAUAAUUGGAAAAAAGGCUCGGAGGAUGAUGAUGAUAGGAAUUUAACAUUACUUGUAGGCGGCUAAUGUCAACAGCCUAUCUGUAGUAAGUAAAACAACAGAAGAUAGAAUAUUGGGAAUAGCUGUUAAUAGAAGGGUAAUGCAAGGCAUAUCUCUCGAGGAGAACUGAUGUAACGUCAAGACUGCGUUUUACUAUGACAAUCGCUCAAGCCCCAACUAGAAUAAUUUCAUAGAAUGUUAUUUUUUCAAUGUGAAUUUAAUUAGAUAACUAUCAUUCCAUUAACCAUUUAGUGAAUUGUUCCUGUGAUAGUUAAGUACAUUGUAGUUUAAUGUAAUGUAAAACAGUAUUAAUUACACAAUAAAGUGCAAAAUAUAUCUCACAUUCCUCAUGACGUGUCCAGUUUGACUAUACUGAUUAUGUGAACACUACAGGUAAGUAGGUGUACAUACAUCUUAAUGGCCUUUAUCAUAAAAAAGACUUGUUAUAAUGAAUUUAAUGUUAAUUUUCAAUUAUUAUUGUGUUAAAUAGUAUUACGAAUCUGAAUUGUUUUCGUUAUAGCUCUUGGAAGUAGUUGGAGUAACGGAAUUUUAUUUUUAAUGCUAUGGAAGAUUAUAUCUGUUAUGUAAAAAGUUUUGUAAAUAAAAGUAUCAUUUCGUAAAUUA